AUGGAUGACAAUGCUAGGGGAAUGGCCUCAAAAAUACUCUGUGAUUUGCUGAACAUUUCAAAGGGGGACAGCGCGUCUGCAAACUGUGAGAAUGGUAACAUUGCUUACAAAUUCCUAGUCUUUACUGUGUCUUAAAUUUUCGAUUUCUACUUCGUUUCUGGAAGGCGGAAUUUAGCUUCCUCAGGCUGGAAAAUAAUAGACUUCCUAUGAAGCUAGUUAUAAGACGAUUAACUCAGUGCAGCUGCUUAAAACUGCAAGAUAAAAACUUUUAACAGUUAAAUUAGCUAUUUGCAAGUUUGUAGCGCUUAAUUUAUAUUCAGUGUCAAAUUAAAGACAACUUGUAAUUUAAAGUUUUUGCCGGUUUUGGCGCAUAUUUUUCUUCAAAUGGAACUAGCAAGGUUUAAGAUCCAAACACCAAUACCUCUAUUUUAUUAUUAUUAAUUUUCAAUAAUGUGUAUAAUUUGUCCGUAUUGCUGGUUUUCAACAAAGUGACAAGGCAGCAGCCAUGCUGGUGGACAAAACAAUAAAAUUCUCCUUUGCGGAAUUUGCACAAAAAAAGAGUUUAGUUCCCAGUGGAGAGAAACUCUUUUGUUUUCCUCCACAAGCAUGGCCCCCAUGACGUCAGCUGAAAACCAACAAUUUUGUCUCCUGUCAGGAGUGUUUUAAAAUAAUGUCUUUGCUAUCUCAAUCAUGAAGAAUAUACUUUACAUCAAAUAAUCUUGUGAGGCUGAUUAAGAACUCAGUUCUCUCAUCUUUUUAAAGUAAUUACAACCCUUGAUUUAAAUUGAACUUAUUAUGCUGUUUUGUCUGUUCAGAUUUUGGCAUAUCUUAUUUUACGUCCCCACAUCCUAUCGUACUGGCUCCUAGUUUGCCUUUCCCCUUCGCAAAUCUCAUAUGAAAUAAAGAAAGAUGGUCAAUUUUCACUUCCAUGUUCCUUUUAUGGACUGUAUGUCAACCGAUGUAUCACCUGAUAUCUCGGUCACCUGUUGGUCAACGUAUCAGACGCCAUAAUUUAUUGGUCGAGUGUUGGUCAAGUAUUGAUGGUGGUCAGUAGUCAGCCAGUACAGUCUAUUGGUUGAUAGUUGGUCAUUACUUUGCCAAUGGAUCACUGACAGAUCAGUGUCACUUGGUUGUUGUAACGGUUAACUAACGUUUUGACAUAUCUGUCGAUAUAUUGGUCAAGCCUCGGUCGAAUCUCAGUUGAGAUUAUUAUUUUGAACUGCGUGAGUUUGGUAUGAAAUAUUGGAGGGUAUGAGCGUGGUUAGUGACUCUGUCUCGGGUGUCAGUCAAGUGGUAUAUUGGCUCUACUGACCGACUCUUGACCGACACUCGACUGACACUCGACCGACAUAGCAAUCAGUAUGUUGACCAUUAGUCGUCUGAGAUGUCCCCCAAUACUGUACAUCAGUGGGAAGCCCCCUGUAAGACACAUGCUCCUCUUUUAUGUAUCCUGCACUUCAUAUCCGUGCAUUCUAGAUCAUCCAUCCAUGUGUCCCAGACUUCCGUCUGUAACAUUUAUAUGAAACCUAUUAAAUUCAAAAUCGUUAUCUCUUUCACUUUGCUUCUCCUUUUUAUUUAUAUGUUUGUCUACAUACUGAUGUCAGUACCUUUUGUCCCAUUAGAUAAUAAAGUAAACAAUGAUACAGAAAGACAAGGGAAUGGUGAGAGAGAUGUUGAUGAUUCCAUAAGGUAUGGAGUGUAGGGCUACAUUUAUUUAUAUGUAUGGCCUGCAUAUUCUCGUAACCUAUAGAUAUUAGUAACCUCAUGUGUUCCAGAUACUUUUCCUUACUCAAAGACAACCAUUCAGAAACUGAAAUGUGUACUGAGGGAGAUGUUGCCUAUUACCUUGGUACCAGUCCUGUCAAUGCUUGACUUCACUUUCUCUUAUUUUAUAGUUAUUAAAUGGGUGUCCGAUUCAUAUGCGGGGAUUUUCCCAACUUAUUGGCACAAUCUAAGAACACGGAAACACCUGAUCAUCUAGGAGUUUCCAGUUCUUGCUUGAUUAUUGGAACGUCUAGGGAAUAGCUGUCUCAAAUUGUCUGUUUUUUUUUGUCUUACUCAGCUGCUAAGUUUUACUAAAAUACUACUACUACUACUAAUAAUAAUAAUGAUAAUAAUAAUUAAUACUGUUAUUCUUUCUGCAGUGAAACAGCCUCAACUGAAAGUUCCCUUUCUCCUCUGAGAAGGGUAAGAAUCAUUCUUUGUAACUUGAUCAAAAGACUUAGUUUGUAACUCAGUCAUAUUAUUCUGUAAAGCUAUUUAUUAAAUGAAUGACUCAGUGAGGGUGCAAUAUGAUGUGAAUACCAUGUUCUGAUUGGCUACCUGAGCAGGUAGGGUGGGCCCAUGCCACCCUGCUCAGGAUUCCCCAUGUUGGUCUCGCAACAAAAAUUGCUUUUUUUCGCCAUCAUAAUAAAUCCUUUAUUGACCAACAAUGAGGGACAAAAGUGUCAAGGCUCUUCUAUAAAAUAGCCCAUUUUUGCUUAAUGGACGUAUCUAUCCCCUCCCCCUGUGUAUCCCCACACCUUCCCUCAAAAUCAGUUUUGUAGUUUAGACCCCCAAGUCUUCUUUUACUACAAACAACAUUGAUUCAGGGGUAGGGGGACUUAUUUAUUUAUUAUUUUAUUAAUAGGGUAGGGAGACUUAUGGCAUUUAAACAGAAUUAGAUGAUAAGUGAAUGAAAUUGUUGAUAAAUUAGGCUAGGUUAUCAAAUUAGUCUUAACUAAAGAUAUUGUAUUUCUCCAUGCAAAUAGUCAGUGUAUUCCAUUGAAGCUUGCAGGUGGCUUGACAGCUAAAACGCACAUCAUCUACUUAACAACACCUUUGGAUAAUUGUGUUUGUUCUCCCUUCUGCAAAGGGUAAAUUUACUUCAGAAUGACAAUAAAAUGUUUGAUGAACUUGCACUCUGUUACAGGGAAAGGAACACAUGUCUGAUGUGUCCACAUCUGACAGUGAAGGAGUUAAUUCAAGGAUGUCCCUUGAGCCUGUAAAACAAGUCAUGUAAGCUGCAUUUUUAAUUUGCUUUUUUUUCUGAUGAUGAAACUAUUAUGCUCCUAAAAAUACUGUCCAUUAUACUUGACAUUCUUUGAUUUUAUGGAUAAUUUUGCCCUUUUUUCUGAAGUCAUUUGACAGGGAAUGAUAGUGAAGGAAGCAAAUCAGUUUAUGGCAGUGAUGUAGAAAUUGUAACCAGACAAUCAGCUGCUUCAACAACAUCAACAGCAAGCAAUAAGGUAGGGCUUAAAAGUGCUAGUGUCAAACUAUUAAUAUCCUAUCCAAGGAGAGUUGCUGUACAUGUAUAUGCUUCAUUCUGCAAUUUCUGGAUACCUUGGACUCAUAUGCCCCUAUAAGCAUGAUUGUCAUUGAUUCUGAUGUAAACAUUAACCUUAUUAACCACUUGGCCUAAGGGCUGUUGCUGGGGGCUGGUAAUUUUCCCUGGCUACCAUGAGCAUGAACGCUGGGAUGUUACUAAGAUUUCAAUUUGCUAGGGAUAUGCAAUUAAUUAGUAGGUGGGAAGUGAACAGCUAGGAAGCUCUUUAUGUGCUUUUUUCUUUUGUUUUCUCUCAAAGUAGUGAGGGAUCUUGCUCAUAGUAACCAGGGGGGGAAAUCCGUGUGGCUCCUGGCCCUCAGUGACAACCUUGUCUGAACUCUUGCUACUUUCAAAGGAAACAAAAGACAAAUUAAGCCCAAAGAACCUCAUAUUUAACUUGCAACUUGAAACCUCAGUGCUAGUGCUGUUGACAUAUAUUCUCAAAAAAAGGUAGACUUUUUUCUGGAGAGGUGCGUUCUCCUAGUACUUCUACAGAAAGUAAAAAUCCAGAGGUGGACUUUUGGCUUUUUAUAACUUUUGGGAGCAAAGUCCUUUUUUAAUCCUUUCACUCCGAAACUGCGAAACUGAAAUGUAAGAAAGAAAAUGAACUUUUAUGAUCAGAUAGAUUAUUUUUUUAUGGUCACACCUCAGGAUUUGGCCUUGCAGACUCAAAAAGGGAGAGUUGCAUUUCAUUUCUUCAUAAUUGACUGUGGAAACUAUUAAUGGUUAAUCUUGUUUGAUUCUUUGCAGAUUAAGUUUAAUUCAAUGGUGAAUUAUGAAUGGGAGCUUAAGUACUACAGAGGUUGUUUGAUAGCUGUUAGCAGCAAGUGUAUUGCCUAUGCUCUUAAAGGUACAUACUCCAUAAUAAUUCCAAUAUUAAUUUUAGGUUUUAUUCACUGUAUUGAAGUUUCUGUAUAUUGUUAUUUUGAUGCCUGCAAACAUUUCUGACAGGUCGUCAAGGAUAUGUGGUAAGGCUCUUGAACCCUGAAACAGCUUCUAGGACACUGAUUAAAGGAUUUGUUGGUACGAUCAGUGAGUUGGCCUUCAGUCACAGAGACUCUGACACUCUGGCUUGUGUUGAUGAGGGUGGUAAUGUCUACAUCUGGGUCAUCCAUGAGGAAAAUGGAAAACUUGAGUAUCCUGUUGAUGACAUGUUUACAUCAAAAUCUUAUUUCAGUAUUAUCGUAAACUGAAUUAAAUUUGGAAAUUUUAUUAUUAACUAAUUGAAAAUUCUCUUGGAGGAAAUAUGGAUAGCUUUAAGCCCAUGCAGGAAGAGCGCAAAUGCAAAGAAUUUUGCUUACAAAUGAGGCGUGAAAAUUUGCUUGUGUUACAUAAUCAUGCAUAAGAGCCCUUUAGUCAAAUCCUGGAUCCUAGAAAACAAGAGUUUGAGGUAUUUUUUGAUGACCUUGACCCUGUCCUAAGAUACUCAGUAAAACUUCACAUUAAACGUCCUGCUGGCACUCUCUGUGAACAUCACAGAUUGGUAUGGACUCCAUAUAUGGUGGAUACUGAGGAGCAAGAAAGAAACACUGAACCUUCAGGACCAUUAGCUAUCACACAUAAUAACCAGGUAAAAAAUACGGAUCACAUACAUUUGAACUUGAUAAAAACUUAACGUUUAAAUUACAGACAACUGUACCUGAUCAGGACACUUUUUUUCAAAUUGGAGAAAAAGCACCAGUGACACUGUCAUCAAAUGUCGUUAAUAAUUCAGAGAACAAACCAGUUCACACACCUCCCCCCUUCCCUCUAUUCUAAGUUAGGGUGUUUGUUGUUUGCUACAGGUUAGUUCGAACAGCAACACAAUAUUAUAUUCAGGGGGCGGAGGAAGGAAAGCUUUAUUUUCUCCUUUUGAAGUUGGCAGAAUGUCAGAAAGGCCCUUCAGUGAGGGAAAGGUUUAAAGAGUGGUGUUUCAGUGAAAGUGUCAUAUCCUUCCCAUUAGAAUAUCAUUUUUGUCCCGAAAAGGUUUUUGUGCAUCAUUGUAUUUUCACAUUGGUUCUUUUAAGCUACCUGGUAACACAGAUAAUGGAAAGGAGACAUCAUGAUCUUGCUUUUUCUAGGUGGAAGUGAUAGACAUUGACACUCUGUCUCAAUGGUGUGAACGAACAGAAGUAGCUGUUGAUGAAAUAAGGCAAGGUGAAGGGUAUUUGGAAAUCACCGAUGGGCACACAAAGGUAGAGUAAUGUGUUCAAUUGAAAUUCUGGUUUAACCUGAGAAUGGAUUUUACCUUUACAUUUUAAGGCUUCUUCACUUUAGACAAAAUGUUUUUUAUACGCUAGAUAAAAUAUGAGUAGAGAUAUGUAUGCCUGUGAGCUUUUACAGUGAUAAGCCAAAGGCAAGCAAUUGUAUAACCCAUACAGAUCUGACACAAAUAUUUUUAUCAUACUUGGGAAAUGAGACAAUCAGUAUCAAAUGUUAAUUCUACUACUUCAUUAAUGCAGUUGUCGAUUUUUGAGGUGUAAAUGUGACUCAAAUACUAUCUAUAGACUGGUCAUAACUUUGUUGAGUGAUAAAUGAAUUUGACUUCUUAAUUUAAAUUUGUCUUAGCAAAUCACUGAGGGUGCUUUGUCUCCUGAUGGAUCAGUACUUGCAACAGCCAGCGAAGAUGGCUUCAUCAAAUUUUGGCAAUUGUCUGACAAAGUAGAGUGUAUGCAUGAAUUUCAACCACACGAUGGUUUACCGUUGUCAUGUAUGGUGUUCACUGAUAAUCAGUUGUCACAAGAUAAAGAGUAAGUGACAGAUUGAAUGUAAAAAGAAGCGACAAUACUCGUCAUGAAACAUUGAAACAGACACCAUAAGAUUUCUCUUGAAUUUUCUUGAAAAUUUCUUGGAAACACUCUUCACUCCUUUGUUCUCAGAUGUGCCCUUCUCCUUCCCCAAUGUCAAGCCACACGUAUUUUAGGGCAGUGAGGCCCAGUUCAAACGGCGAUCUUUUUAUGUACUGAACUUAAUGCCUAUUAAGGUCGACCCAAAUGAUACAAGUUUAAUAGUUCAUUCAGAUGUCGAACUUUGUUGGUCAGACUCAAUUCAUUUUCAUGAUGUUCGAUGGUCUAAAAUGCUUACAAGAAAAAAAUAAAUUUUGGUAAUUUACGCAUCAGGUUUGGUGCAUGAGAAUUUCGGCGUUUGUAACGAAGUUGCUUUACAAUCGAAAUUCCCAUGUGGGCUACUCAAUCUUUUUCAUGGGUCAACUCAAAUUAGACAUGUCAAACUUAAUUAACUCAAACGUCAAUCUCUUCAUGUACUUAAUAUGAAUGGAUUAGGGUCAGCACAUGAAAAGUGGGCCCGAGAUGACUGUAAUACCCAAAUCCGGCGACCUUGGGAAAAAGAUAACAAAACACAAAUGUUUCAACAUUUUUUACAAGUAUUAUAGUGCAAAGACACAUGUCAUAGACCCUAAGGGCGCUUUCCAUUUACGAAAAAAACCCGGAAAUUGCGGUGGUAGCAAAAGUGGAAUUUCCGAUUGGUAAAAAGUUGUUCCAUUUGGUCGUAAACCCCGGUACGUGGCGCGGUGCCCGACCGUGGACCUGGAACUGGUACAAACUACGAGAAACGUAAAUGGAACACGACAUUCCGUUCAGAAAUUCCAACCGGGAAAACGGGACCACCUUUUUAGAUUUUCCACUUUUUCUGGGAAUUUUCCAGUGGGACGAACCGACGAAACGUGUUCCAUUUACCGCCGAACCGGAAAUUCCGGAAAUUUUGACUAAAUGGAAAGCGCCCUAAGUAUCCUGAUCCCUUACACUAAAGUGAAAGCAGUUCCUCAGGAUAGUGGCUUGAGUGGGCAAAUCAGGCAACUGAGUGAGGGAAUAACAGAUACAUUGUAACUUGUGGCAAAGCAGGGAAGUUGCCCUCUCAGUCAUUCACUUUCUCCAUUCCUGGUGAGCCUUGACUCAACCAUCUGAAAGAGGACUGUCUACAAUCUACCCUUAAAAAUGGUAAUAAGACUGAGUGGAGUCCAAUCAUGCAAGUGUUUAAACAAAAUCAGACAAGAAAGGAACCCAUUCAUGUUCAAUUGUUCAAUCACAGUGCCCAAGAUGGCAGGUCCUGUCAGAUAAUACUCACAGCCAUGAUGCAGAUUGACCUAUUUCACAGUCCCAUUAAUGCUGAAAUCAUGAUUGCUGAUUGCCAUCCAGAUUUGAGAAUAUUUUUUUUUAGUGGUGAUUGUGAUUAGUUACUGUUACAAUGAAUGGCAAGGUAGUCUCACUUGGUUGUCCAGGUUUGCAUGAAAAGAGGCGUGAAAAUAUGCAUUUUUUUUGGUUCUUUAAGUUUUUGUUACUUCAGAAGUAAUACUGUCUCUGAAUCCUUCAAACGCUUGUAACAUGUAACACAGUACGAGCUUUAUUGUAACAGAAAAAUCUUAAUAGUGGUCAUAUCAAGUAUUCUUGUUUAUUGGUGAAUUUACUUUGUUUUCCUCUUAGACUCCCAAUGUGGAGAUUUUUAAUCACAGGAGCUCAAUUUAACAGAGAGAUUAAAGUUUGGUGUACAGUUACCUGGUCUUGCCUACAAACAAUACGGUGAUUAGUUAGGCUGCAUUUACUCUUAUGAAAAACUUCCUUUUUGCAUGCUUUUCUUUCUUGACUAAUCUUCUGUUGGUUGAUUGAUUGUCAUUUUUUUGCGUUAUGUGUAGAUUUACAUCUCCUGAUGUUCCAGGCUCAAGGUAAGUCAUCAAAAUAGAACGUAAUUUGACUGUGGUCAGACAAGGGAAUAAAACGUUUGCUUAGUUCUGCAGCCCAGUCAGAAUGUUUUGCAGUAGUCAGCAGGAUAAACUGGAGUAGCAGGCAGCAAAGGGUUUAAGCUUGUUUGGUUUUUGUUUUACGUUAUUAAACUUAAGUGUUAAAAGGUAUCAAAUAUUCCAUUGGAAGCAGCAAAAUUGCCAUCUGCUGGCUCAUUUUGAGUGGUAAAAUUAACCCAAAAAUCUGUCUGCCGUCUGUCGCUACAUUGUCAACAGACAGUUCACCGACAAACAAUCAACAGCUCUACAUGCUGCAACAACUUGAAGAAAUAGUUCCGUGUCUCAAAAAAAUGUGUUGACGUUAACAGACAAGUGACCAACAGUUAAACAACUGUCGGCCAACACUAUUUGGUUUAAAUAGGACAAUUGCACGAUGACGAUAUUUGAAUACAACUACCAGAAUUCAUUUCGGUUUUGCUUUGUUAUUUAAAUUUGUCAAUCCCGCUGAGGAUUAAAGAACAAUAGCCUUAAUUUGCACAAGAAAACAACAAACUCAAGGAUUCUGGUAGUUGUAGUCAAAUGACGUCAUCGUGCAAUUGUCCUAUUGGGAAAACUGUUGGCUAACUGUUUGUUAUUUUUUGGCCAACAGUGGGCUGUUUGUUGGUCGACUGUCAGUUGACUGUUGGUCAAAGUCUACCAACAGACAGCUAACAGAUUUUUGGGGGAGCUGUUCUUCGAUUUUACCUUUUGAGUGGACUGGAUGUGUUACACCAACUUGUUAAAGGCAUCUUUGUUAAGUUUACAUGUGUUCACAACAUAUAUACUACUGAGAUUCUGAUUCUGUUUGUGUUUUUUGCCUUAUAUCCUUUAGUUCAAUCAAACACUCAUUUCUGAAAGUGAGUUUGGACCUGUCAGCCUCUUAUUUAGUUGUAUCGGAUGUUAUAAAAAAGGUAAGAAUAUAGAAUAAAUUCCCCUUGUGGCUUUCCAAGUGGGAAUGGGGGGAGCAAAUUUCCACAUAAAAGUGAAGUGGAUGAAAAAUUUAAAUUCAAAUAUGUGAGCUAUGUAUUGACUGACUUGAAAUGCUUUGUGAAAAAUCAUGAAUCACAGAUUGAAGGUAAAUUUAAAUAUUCAUACCAUACCUACAAAUUUUAUAAUUUGAGAGUAACCAGUGCUUUUGAUUCUAAGCAUUUUGUGCUGCAUCCUAUUUCACCCUUCUUUUAUGGCAAUCAAUAAGAAAAGAAGUUGUGAAGGACAGAACCCUCUUCAAGAUCGAAAUUUAUUGUCACUGACUAGAGACAAUAUGAAAAAAUUUUAAAAUGUAGCAAUAUAUUUUUUAUAAGGUACACAUACUGUGUCAGCUCCUACUUUAUUGACUACAGGUCUUCAAGGUCACACUGAAUGCUCACACUAAAUUGUUUAAAGGAUGUGUGGAAGAAUAAUAUGUCAUCAAGGUAUUUCAGAGUCCAUGCCGUAAGCUAAAGUGUGUGUUAUUCUCUCUGACUUUUAUUACCAGGUUCUUUACGUAUUUAUGUUCCAUCAAGACGUUGAAGAAGGCCAAGCACACGUCACAUCAGUGGCAGAAUUCCUUCUCACUCAGCCGCUGCUAAGCUUUGUCGUUGGCCAAGUCAAAUGCUUCAAACUCAAAUCAAAUGUAGAACAAAAUGGCGAAGAAAAUGGGGAUAGCCAUGUUGAUGAUGAUAUUCACGCGUCACAUUUAGGGCUGGACGAAAUAGCUACUGGAGAAGAUACAGGAAAGAAAUUUGGUGUCCAGUUACAACUGUAUUGUAUUCAAACCAAGUAAGACUAACCCAAGUUACUUACAUCAUAAUUAUUUUGGUGUCACCAAUAAAAUAAUACAGUUGUUUCUCUUUUACACAUCGCAUGUUCUGUUGCCAAAAUAAUGGAUAGUCACUGAAAUGAAAAAGUUAGUAAUACAUAAAUUUAAGGGUUGUGAUUUGAAGAAAUAUCGUAAUUAACCAACCUGAAGGUAAAUUUUCUUGAAUACCAGAAUCUUUUGUUCUGGUUUUUUUUUUUUUACCUCACAGACGUUUUUUCUUGGCUCAAAAACAUGUUACAAAAGCAAAAAUCUACAAGAAAACAUCAACAAAAGAUGGUUGUUCUCCUACCCCAUGAACUUUGAAUGACUGAAUAGUUUGUAAUUUAAUAUAAUGGUACAGUUGCUGAUUUUCAUGUUUUUUGUCUGGAGCUCUCUGAAAGCCGGCUUACUAUCAAUCUCUUCAAGUGGGAUGAAAAAACAGUAAAAUUAAACAGGAGACCAUUAUAACAGCGCAAGACAAACAGUCUCUUACUUCAGAGUGGCAGUUAUGUCAUCUGAAUCAACCAUCACAAAGUCAAUUUGUGACCUUGAAUUUUGUUUUUGCCCUUUCAGAGCAAUGCAAGAACUGCUAAUACACUUCCAUCCACAACCGUCGGUUCCCCCACCCACCCCUUCCACAUUGUCAUCACUUACAACCACAACAGGCCAAUCUGGUAAGUGCUUUGUUUUUGUUGGUAUCUUCUUAGGAUGCAUUUAAUAAAAUGAAGGCUAAAUGACCUUAAAGUUUGUGGCCUAUCAUAAUAACAGAGUUAAAUAACAGUGCGUAGAACCAAAUCUCUGUGUGUUUCUCUGUGUUGCAGACACGUUUGUUGGUUCCCUUUUUUGUUGUUGUAUGGGUAUAGUCUAGUGACCUCUCAGUGUUAGAGUAAAUGAUGGAGUCUUCCAAGGGUGGCUGUAACUAUUGUGUCUAUGAAGGAAAUCUUACUUUGUGACCAUUCAAAUAAAAACCUCUUUGGCAGUACUUUCACAUGGUAAUGUUUGUUUUGUGUAGCAUUUUACAAGAUAAAUUCUGAAAUUUUGAUAAAAUUUGACUUAAGCCAUUUUUUAGAGUAAUUGGGUUAGGUCCUUUUUGAUUUUAGUUUUUGCACCAUCUGCAAUACCAUAAAUUUUCACUGCCAAUAUUCUGUUUUUGGAGGCAUCAUGACAGAAGUGACCAGGUCUCAUAUUUGAACUUCCAUGCACUGACCUUUUUACCAACACAGACACUACCACAUGAAACAAAAGAGGGCGUUUGAAUACCUGCAUCCUGAAGACAUUAUUACCACCAGUUCAUUAAGUUAAGCGUGAGUGUAGGGUGAAUAAUAAUUAUGUUUUUCUUUCAUGUAGUUAUCCAUGAUGCACUGUCUGACUUAAGUGGAAUAGAAACAGGCUCUGAAGCCAGCACUAAUAUUGAAGAUCCCGAAGAUAGUACAGAUGGUCCAAAUCCAGUUCGCGCUAAGCUGAUCACACCUGAAGCCUUCAAAACUAGUGCAUUUAAAGGCUUACAUCAGUCUGAGGUUAAAAACAGCAGUGGCAGCAGUGUGACCAUGGUUUCUGGUCUGAAUAAUUCACAGGGGUCAGUCGAUGAGUUGCUUGGUUCAUCAGUGUCAUCUCGACUCUCUGACACUACUAUCAGGUCAAGUAAUUCAGUCACACCGCAGGGGUCUUUUGCUCAAGAGAGUGGUAUUCUAACUCCCACAUCUUUACCUCUUCCUCCAUCACCGACUGUCAUGAGUGCACCUGACCCCAGUUCUGUCCCAAUUCCAAACUUUCGUUCUAGUCCUCGUGGGGAGACCAGCCCUCAGUCGUCGGCCAAAGAACCUGUUGUAAAUAGUGAAACUGAAGCUGUUGUUUGCAGUUCAGUGAUUCAAAAUUUAGAAAAUGGGUCAAGUGGCUCCAGCGGCACAGCCCUAAAAGAUAGGAGUGCAACAGGGAGUCCUGUCGGAAGACAAGUGGAUGUUGAAGCAUCAGCUGAUGAUGAAGCAAAGGACGAAGGUGACGAGGAGCUUCCGGAGUCACAGAAACCAGAGGCUGAAAUACAGGAAGAAAUAAAUGAAAGGGAAAGAAAAUCUAGUUCAGGUUCAAGCACAAGUGAAAGUUUAAGGCCUUUAUCUGCUAGGGCGGCUGAAGGAAACCUGAUAAUUUUGGAAGAUAACGUGAAAGGCAAAGAAGAUGACGUUCAAGCAGAUGGAGAAGAUGCUUUCACAGAUGAGAGGCUGAUGGAACAGUGGGAAAUGAACGUUGAUGAUGAAGCAGUUCCAACUGGACGAGAAAGUCCCGAGUCAGCCCAUGCACUGCCUGUCAGCACUCCAGUGAUGCCCAGUGCACGGAGAAAGCAGCCUUCAAUCCACACAAGGUAUCAGCUUAACCCUUUAAAUCCCAGGAGUGACCAACACUUAUUUUCUCUGAACAAUAUCAGUACAUUCGCUCAAAAUUCCCAGCAUAAGUAAUAACAACGUAUAAAUGAUGGAGGUGUAAUGUUUUAGGGCUCAAAAAAGGUGACCAUUUAAGCUCACUUGCCCAAUGUAGGGGCGUAGCGUGAGAUUUUUAAGGCGUACGCACGCGGGGAAGAAAAGUUGUAGUGCCGAAGGCGGCCCAACCUAGGGGGGUCUUGGGCUUGCUUCCCCUUAAUUUAGGGUCUCGGAAUUGCCAUCUCCAUCGUUUUCCGCAGGACAUUUUCAGGAAAUUAAUAUGCAGGAAAAUGCAGUAGUUAGUUGUUUAUUUUACCCAUCUCUAGUGUCAUCGGUAAAGUACAGUGUUUACGGAAAAAAGGGGCCAGUGACGCCAUCAGCAUUAUUGAAUAAUAAAAGGUCAAAAAAAUACUAACUCAAAGACACCAAUAUAGUUGGAAAAAUGUAUCAGUCAUCCCGAUUUAAUGAUGAAAAAAAGGCUUUUUCAGGGAAUAAACAGCAUAUAAUUUUUCCAUAUUUCAUGACAUGUAAGCACGAGUGUAUGUGCGUAUAUGGACACUACGCUCCUGCAAUGGGCAAGUGUCCAGGCAAACCAUCUUCAAACUAAAUCAUUAACCCUUUAAGCCCCAAUAUCCACAUACAAAUUCUCCUGACUGAUCUCCAUACAUUUCCUUAACGAAUUAGUUGAGAGAAUUUGAUAAAAGAUCACCUUCGGUGAUCAUUUUAUUGAUUUUCAUAAUCUUUUCUGUUAGUGACGUAUUAAUAUUGUUAGGAGAAAAUUGAUGUUGGUCACUGUUAAGACUUAAAGGGUCAACUAGCACAAGCACUGAAGGAAUGGCCCUCGGCAUGUACGUGAGAGGUGUUUGACAAGAGGACAAGAUGGAAUUCAAGCUUUUUUUGAGUCCUGCUUGUGAUUCUUUGGAUGAUGUUCUAAAAUUUGACCAUUCAAAUGGAAGCUCUUCUGCUGUACUUUCUCUAGUGUGCUUGUUUUUUGAUAGACUGCAAAAUGAAAUCCUGGAUUUCUUGUGAAUAUUGGUGUGCAUCAGUUUGAUAUACGUGUUUCUUCAAUAUGAAUUAUUAUUAGUGGAAAAUUUCAUCGCAAAUGUUUGCAAAAUUUUUUUUCUAUUUUAGUUUUGUCUCUACUCCUGUUUCUGCACUGGAUAUUCCACCACAGACUAUUCCAGGAAGCAGUGUGGUAAGAAAGAACUAAUUAACAAUUAUUCCUUGAGGCCAAAUAGGCUGUGAGUCAAUAGCCCAUGAGACCGAAGGCUGAAUGGGUUAUUGACUCAGAGACCACGAGGGCGACAGGAAUAAUUGUUUUAGUAAAAUCCAACUAGUUGGUCAAAAAUAUCGAGACAAAACAACUUUAGCUAGUUAAAGUUAGACUUAAAUCCUUUUUUGCCGCCAAAAAGCCCGCGCGUUUCGCUACUAGUGGGCUAUAACAUAUAGCCUAGUAGUAGCUCAACCAAUGAGAAUGCAGCUUUGAUAAUAGACCACUAGUUGGAUUUUACUAACAACUUAUAGUUAAACUUCAUUAAGCGGCCACUCUCCAUUAAUCGGCCAGUUAUCAAAAUCCCAAAAUAAUUGUUGAAAAGAAUAGGAAAUUAAUGAUGAGGCUGUUGUUUUUGGCAAAAAUUAAAUUUCAUUAAGAGCAUUCAAUGGCUGUAUCAAGGAGCAAAUAUUCCCUAGUAGAAAUUUCUAAAGUUCAUGAAAGGCUUUAAAUUUCAGCACAACUUUCCAUUUUUCUGAGGUAUCCAGAGUUUUUCUACUUUAACCUAUCUAAGGUUUUUGGAGGUCGUGUUUUUUAUAUUUUAUUACCAAGAUAUUUCGAAAUGAAAUAUGCUACGGGAAUGGAAACUUGUACAAAGAUUUAUUUUUUGUUUAUCUUCAAUCUAGUGUAAAUAAGAAUUCGUAAAACCUCGCUGUUUUGACUUUACAAUUUGACGACGUCACUGUGAAAAACAUCUUUUGUUUAAAAAAGUCUCCUUAAAAUAUCACUAUAAAUACCAAAAGUCCCCAAGAAUCAUCCUCAGAACUUUCGACUAUUUGAGACACUUCUGACUCACCGGUAUUUAGAAACAUUCGGUUGUUGGGUGCCCCCGCUUUGUAGCCAGCUACUAGUAAAACUUAACAACAAUUACAUGUACUGAACAGCGAAACAAGUUCCUUUAAUGACCCGUUAAUUAAAAGUCUGUCAUGUAAAUGUUUUAGGAUAAUAGUAUCUUGUCAUCCAUUGGUGAACUGGUGAGUUUGGUCAAGGCCCAACAGAAGGACUUACAAGAACUUCAACAGCGGCUGGACCGAUACCAAGCUGCCCAACAGCAACAGGUGGCAACAGUGUCAAAUGAGGUUCAAAUGAUUGAAGAGAGAGUGUCUGGCAGACUACAAAGGACUCUUGCUGACUUCUCUAAAGAGGAAUGUAUCCUUCAUCCAGUGUUCUGUCAUAAGGUUGCCAGGACUACAGUUUCGACACCUGCUUAAGGUGUUUUGCUAGAAGGUAUUCUAGUCAACGCCCCAGUUGUUCAGAAGGUGAAUAACGCUAUCCACCGGAUAAAUCUCUAUCCACUAGGUAGCGCAGUUGGUGUCCUCAAUACUUAUGCACUGGAAAGUGAUUUAUCCGGUGGAUAGCGUCAUUCAGCUUUUGAACAAACGCGACUAGGAGUGGAGCUUUUAAGCUGUGAUGACAAUUUUUGCUGCUUUUGUCAAGACACUGCAUUUCUUUUCUCAUUUUCUGAUCAGGUAUAGUGCUCAUUCAUUGAAACCCUAGGAACGUUUUUUUGCUUUGUGAUCAGCUGUUCACUGCAUGAAUUACAGACAAGGCUAACUCAACAGUCUUGAGUGAAAGACGUGCUUCCCAAAAUAAAUAAUACAACACUGCACUUAGGGAACAGCAAAUGUCCUUUCCAAAAGUAGCACCGGACGAAUUGUCAUCCUGUUGAAAGUUUGUGUGCUUAAGAGUUCUGUUCACAUGGAACCACCUUAUCCCUACGAAAAUUGAGAUGCCUAGGCAAACUAUGGCCUAAAGUUCUGUGUGAACACAGCGUAAAUAUUGAAUGGUCCCUUGUUCACGAAGUCUUCUGCCAAAUUUUUUAGCCAGUCGAAAAUUCGUUCCGAUGCCUUGGGAACAUAGCUUGAUUCAUGGAUCACAAUAUUGUGCCAGUGAUAUCUCACCAGUCUUGCUUUCUUUGAUCGAUUUUUAUUAGUUGUAAGUUCUAGGGUUUUCAAAAGGUUAUUGGGAAGAUACUUUCUUUAACCAACCUCAUAGCCCAGCGUCUAGAUAAAGCUCUACGCGAGAAACAUUCCGGAGAUAAGAAAAGACAGGAGCAACUGCAGAGUACUUUAUCACAAGUGCUAACCACAACCUUGUCAGGAAAACUGGACAAAGCAGUCAAAGCUGAAGUUAAGAGUUCUGUUGUACCUACAGUACAAAAAGUAUUGAACUCCAUACAGGAACAACUUAAUACUACACUGGCACAGGUGGGUAAUGAUCGGCUAAGAUGCUCCUGAGCCACAGGUAAUCCAACUCUUCUUUACCCCAUUCAGAAAGGGCCCGAAAAAAGUCCCAUACGUUAGUCUAGGACGAGUAGAUCUUCUUGCUGGGCAAGUUGCUCACUUGCCCCCUGGCAAGUUAUCCUCUAACAAAAUCACUAACCACGAUAGGCACUGAAGUAGUUGGCCCGGGCAAGAAAAAUGGUGAGGGCUGCUUGCCCGAAAGAUGUGCUGGAAUUCAGGAUUCUUUCGAGCCCUGGUCACUGAUAAGGAAUUCAACUUUUUUUCGAGCCUUUGUCACUGAUUAGGGUAAUCAGAGUAUGAAUGGGAAAAAAGAGGAGACUUCAUUAAUAGUGAAAUACAGAAAUAUAGUAGUGCACAAUAGUACUGGCUAGGAGGUGGAGGGUGGGGGCUUCAUUCUGAACUGACUAGCUUCGAAGGAACCCGAAAGCGACCACCGCAUGUAAGAGAUCUUCAAACCUUGGCUUUUUGGGUGGCUGCUUGUUGGAGGUUAGACUGUAUUACUGCUUUCCCUGGACUGGACACUGGUUCAUCCCUACAUUAUGUUGCAGAUGCCCUGGCAUUUAUACCCAUUUUGCAGUGAAUUAAGAAUAAACAACAGGGGUUCAGUUGAGUUCAGUCAAGAGCUCAUGGUUCAGUUCGUUUUGUCAGCAAUACACUUGUUGUGAACGUUUUAGUAUUCUUCAUGUCGUGCAUUUGAGGGAAAGAAUAAGUCUGAGUUACAACGGGAUUCAUGCUAUCGCCCAAACAACAGUGUGGAUGCUCUUAGCUGUAGCCUGCAGUGUAGGCGUUUAAGGGGGAGGAGGGGGGAUAGGAAAGAAAACAGCACAAUUUUGUACCCCUUUCCCCUGGUACUAUCCACUUUUUCCCCUUUCACCCUGGUGUUUACUCUUGAUAUUCCCCAAAUUUUGCUCUCCUUAAAAAAAAUCAAAGAUGGCGUCUGCAGGAAAACUGAAUGAUCAUUCACCCGAAAAAUAUGCAUGUACCAAAGGCUACCUAAGCUGCGGAGGAACUCGUGGUGCACCAAGCUAUCUACUAGUAAAAUGUAAAGUAAUAAAAUCAGAAAUGUUUCUUUAAGAUAGAGACUUUCCCUGUAGCUUUCUAGUUAAGUUGUAUCCCUGCUAAUUUUGGUUUUCUUGAUAGAAACUAACAGCUGCUGAUACUGUUUUAAAGGAGAGUAUUGCAAAAAUGGUCAAAAGCAAGGUAUGAUAUGCAAGAAACGAAACACGUUUGGACCGAAGCGGUCAGUUUAUAAACAGAUGGAUAAUGUGAUCCUUACUAUUGCGUUUUGUGGUUUUCUGAACAGGGUGUGGUCGAUGCAAUAGGUGGUGCUGCAGCCACUGCAUUGCAGGGCCCUAUUCAGGUCACUUAUCGUGAAGCAUUCCAGAGCACCAUUCUGCCAUCCUUUGAGAGGGCCUGUCAGAACAUGUUCCAGCAGAUCAAUGAGUCUUUUCAUAAAGGAACUCAGCAAUGUAAGUUUUGAUCUGUUCUGCGGGAUUGUUUAUUGCGUUAUAAUUGGGCAGCUUCAAUCCCUGGCUAUGACCUUCAGUUAGAUUGUUCAUUUGAAAAACAUACUAAGAUACUGGCAUUUGCUGAAGGGAGUGUUUGACAGUCCCAACAUUGACUGUCAAACAAAAGUUGCGACGACUGGAUGUCUUUAGGUAUUAGAGAGCUUUAGUUUCUAAGACGAGAACGACUAUGAAUACGAGAUUUUCUUAAUAGUACACGCACGUGACCCAGCGUCAUUUUGGCGGGAAAAUGUUGUAGCCGUCGUCAUUGUACUACGAGUUUUAGCGAGAGAGUCGUAAUGGCAGGAUCAAGUUCUCAGAUGUUAGAAGUAAUGGCAUUUUGCAAUCGGGAGAGGGCUCACCGUCUUUCAAUAACGAUAACAGUGUUAACUUUUCUAGUGAAAAAUGGUAAAAUGAAGCUUUCCGGGGAGUCUAUAAUUUGAGAAUACGCGAAAAAACUCUAAAUCAAAUCUUGUACUCGUAGUCGUUCUCGUCCUCCAAUCUAGAGGUCUCUAUUAACUCUCAAAAUACCAUAAACAGCCAUUUAUAAACCUCUUCCUAACUGAUAAGUCCCUCCAGUUCUAGGCUCAUCUUCCUGUUAACAACAAAAAAAUACAUCUGAUUAUAAGCCAAUCCAGAUAUAAGCCCCGCCCCCUUCCCGCCCCUCUCUAGCUUAUCUUGAAAUGAAUUCGACAUAUUGUGAUGUUAUGACCCUCAAGUAAAAACCAGUAAAUACAGAACGUAUUUUUAUCAGUUCUGCUAUAGCCUGUUUGGAAGCACUUUUUCUAUACCGUUUAUAAGCCGUCUUGAACAUACGCUUCUCUGUUUAUAAGCCCUCCUCAAUCCCCGUACGAAGAAAUAUUAGCCCAGAUUUUAUAAUCGGCAGUUAACGGUAUCACAUUCUUAUUACAGACCUACAGCAGGUGACGACUGCAUUGGAUAAUCGUAGAAGAGAAGAAAGAGAAUCUGUUAACCCUGUUAUGCAACAGCUAGAGGCACAGACCAAGUCAUUCCAAGCCAUGACAGAGAGACUAACAUCAAACAUCAUGGCUGACUUUGAGGUCAUGUUGCAGAAACAGCUCAGUUCAUCAAUAGAAGGGUACGAUAGUUUUAGGAUAAUGUGUUCUGUAAAACGGGUUUGCUACCACCUGUGCGAAUCGGUUACAAACUGUUCAAUCCUUAAUUGAACAGUUGGGGCAAACAGGGUCGACUCCUCAAGUUAAACGUCUUAACCCUUUAGGUCCCAAAGGUGACCAACAUCAAUUUUCUCCUAACAACAUCAGCAGAUCAUCAAGAGUAAAGGUUAUGAGAAUUACUGAAUUGAUUACCAAAGGGAGAUCGCCUUGUUUUUAAACCAAAUUUUCUCAACUAUUCUUAAAAGAAAUAAGGAAAUCAGUCUGAAGAAUUUGUAUGUGGAUCUUGGGGGUUGAAGGGUUAAUUGUUAUCCAAACGUUGAGGGCAGACUAAGAUAGAAGUUACUGUUUAUAAUAAGUUUAAGCACCUUUCUUCAUCUCACCUCAGCUAUCAUCUUUGUCUCGCGUGGCACUUAAGGGCUCCAUAAAGUGUUUCCACUUUUCAGGGUUAACUGCUAUGGUUCUCGUUAUUGUGAGGACCCGCCACAGCAUUCUCUUUAUUACAUGAAUUCCCCCUGCUUCUGGUGUUGGUAAUAACAGGGUUUUAUGGGAGAGGCUUAUCAGCCCUUUGCCCAAUUCCAAGUAUAGUAACUUUAGCUUUUAAGUGUAAACUCACCCUCCUUGGAAACCAUCCGAAUUUUGUUGGGGCAGCCUUGUUUCUCUUUUCAUGUGACUGAUUCUGAAUAUUUGCCUUCCUAUUUACCUCAAUCUGGAGGACUGCAGAGGAUCACACUUACUGUGGUCUCUACUCUUCGACCUGUCGGCAUGAGUGGUUUUUGAAAUGAUGGAUAGUGCUAUCCACCAGAUUAAUCUCUGUCCUGCGGAUAACGCAAUUGAUUUUCGCAAUACUUAUCCGCUGGAUAGUGAUUUAUCCUGUGGAAAGCGCAAUCAAACUGGAGCAAGGAGUCUACGACCCAGUCGACCUCUUUGGGUCAUUAGGCUGAUUUAGCAACACAACGGGAGCGGCAAAUUGGGUACCGGAAGUCGUGUUUAGUCCUUUCUGCCCGCUUUCCCGUCGCCAACUGACGUUCCCGUCAUGUUGCUAAAUCAGCCUAUUGACUUACGCAAACCACUCCAUCACGCUAAGGUGAUCAUCCCUUCGGAUCGGAAAUCAGUUUCAUACAAUGAUGGAAUUUCUAAUUUCCCAUCGUAGGUUGCGCGAGGAAAUAUUUUCACGCCUCUUGUCAGAGGUCUUAGCUUCAGUGCAAGACUCGGUUCAAAAGGAAAUGGGAUUGGGCCUAGAAGGGCUCCGUCAACAGCUUAGUGAAAUGAUAGCUACCUCAGUGGAAAGCUCCACCCAGCAGGCUCCUGAUCUGGCGCGCACUCAGGUAGGUACCGGAGAGCAACAUUGUAACAGCGCAGUUCCCUUCCCCCACCCCCCGCGUUUCCGUUUGCUUUAAAGUCAAAGGGAAGAAGCACAGAAGAAGCCCGGAAAAGGUGAAAAAAAUUGAAUUUGGGAGGGGGGAUCGCGACGGCUAUUUUUUGCUCAUUAGGGUCCGGCUGUGCAGAAAAGAGGACGGAAAGUUCAAGCGAUUUGCUAGAGCAGUAGUUACUUGCCGACACUGAUCGAUCCGAGAGAUACGUUUAUUUCGCUCAACGCACUGUUUUACAGUUAACUACAGUUAAGAGAAGAGUCCACCAGUCCUUGUUAAAUGUGAGCAUUGGACAAUUCUCUAUUAUGUAGUAUUUGUCAAAGCACACAAAGCGAAUCAGCGUGGCUUGGGAUUUUUCACGACCACCGGAUAUGGAAAGAUAAAUAUGUGAAUUUGGGGAAGGGGUGGCAGCUGCUAUUUUCUAGCUCGUUCUCUCUAGCCUCCCGCGCCUCUCCAGCUUGGCGAAAAGAAAAAAGGAAAUGACUGUUACGCAGGCUACCCUCGACCCUCCUCUUACCUCCCCCCGGGAGACAAAAAUGGGGAUAUCGUGAAGACAUUUUGAGAGUUGAAGUGACUUCGUUUCUCUCUGCAGGUGUUGGUUUCACAGUUGCUGGAAUCUGGACAAUUGGGCCAAGCCUUCCAAGAGGUAUUGGAAUUACGUUCGGUUUGUUAUUGAAAUGUUCAUGUUGUUUAAUAAAUGGUGUUGAUGAGUAUGUUCAUCAUCAUCAUCAUUACCGUCGCCAUAGCAAUGGUUAUCAUUAUCAUUAUACCCUUCACCUAUUAGAGACCUUUAGAUUCGAGGACGAGAACGACUAAGAGUACGAGAUUUGACUUGAAGUUUUUUCGCGAAUUCUCAAAAUAUAGACUCCCCGGAAAGCUUCAAUUUGCCAUUUUCACCAGAAAAUUUAGCACUGUUACCUUUAGUGAAGGAGAUUACACCCUCUCCUGAUUACAAAAUGAUAAAAAUUCUAACAUUUGAUAACUUGUUUUCCCGACUUCGACAAUCUCGUAGUAGAGUGACGACGGUUACCAAGUUUUCCCGCCAAAAUGGCGUUGGUUCACGCGUGAGCACUACUUAUUAUUGAGAAAAUCUCGUACUGGUUUUCGUACUCGUCUUAGAAUCUAAAGGUCUCUAAUUCCAUCUUCACUACCAUCAUCAUCACCAUUGUCAUCGUAACCAUCACCACCAUCACUACCACCAUCAUCAUCACCACUAUCACUACCACCAUCAUCAUAGUCACCACUACUACCCAUCACCAUCAUUGUCUUCAGCUUCCUUACCUUAACCACCAUCACCGCCACCAUCUCUUCGGAGUCUUCGUCAUCACUAUGACAUCAUCAUCGUCAUUUUUGACCACUGUAUAUUUUGUUGCAGGCCUUGACAGCAUCAGAUCUGAAUAUCGUCAUGUACGUUUGUGAACAAGUGGAUCCUGAGAGUGUGUUUUCUCAGUCACCUUGUCCCUUAUCGCAGCCUGUCUUGCUGUCUUUGAUACAACAGCUGUCAGUAGAUCUUACCGUUAACACGGAGCUUAAACACAAGUGAGUCUUAAUAGUUACAAGUUUGUUGCUUACGCAACAGGACGGCAGAAAGAAGUGGACGGCAAAACGUUUUUGUGUGACAGGGCUGUUACUUGCUUGUUUUGGUGUGAUAUACACUUAAUGUAACUGCAUUUAACUGUCUUUACGAAAUGUCUGUUCAGAGGAAGGAGAAGUUUGGUGGAAACGUUUUUCAAACAUUUUUAUUGUCACGCUUGUGACACAGCGUUUACCAUCUUCUUUCCUUUGCCCCCCUUCCGUCCUUAUGCGUAAGUUAACAACGUUUAAGUUGUGGUAAAGCAUCAAACAUAAAAAUAAUCGGCUUUUGAUUCGGCCCGAAACCAAAGGAUUACAUAGCUAGAUAUGGUCAAAAGAUGGGGUGUUAGCUAGAAAUAAUGUACUGAGGUUAUACAGGCUGCGCUUUAACGAGACUGUUCAACUUUGUAAACGCGGCAUAUAGACUUCUGUUAUGGCUUCGGAACACACGUGAACGACGAAAACGAUCGUCGUUAAUAUCUCCAGAUAACUGCUUUCUGACCCACCGUUGGCGGCAAAUUCAAGACCUUGUGAGAGUUUUUUUUUAGUUAUUUAAGUUAAGGCGACAUUGGGUAUUUUCAUUUCAGACGGUCCGCAUUCAACCAGUCAAUUGUAUCCUUCCCUUCUGUUCAAUUGACAGGUACAUAGAGGAAGCGCUCAUGUCACUAGACACCACUGAUGAAGUGACAAGAGAGCACAUGCCCGCAGUUCUAGAAGGACUGUGUAAACAGCUACAGUCUGCCAUCCAAGAAGCAACAGGUCCUAUGCAGCGCUCUCUCAAAAUGCUACAGAUGGCUGCAAGAUCAUUGUUAAGAUAACUUAGCAAGCAGUCAGUGUUGUGCCACGGAAGCACAGUGGACCACCCGUGUGGUUAUGUCGAGGAUGUACCUCAGAACAACCAAGAUGAGUUCAGGUCUGAGGAGAAGAGACUGGCCAGCAAGAGGACCACAUCCUGUGAUGACCAAUAACUAAUACGAACUAAUACGACUAAUGUUAAAAGUUAGUAAU